AUGUUUGUAUUCCGGCGCAAUCCCGAUGAAGCCGUUCAGGUCUACGCCAUAGAAGUCACCAUGUUCGGUUCCACCUGCUCUCCAUCUUCUGCCCAGUUCGUGAAGAACGCUAAUGCCGAGCAAUAUGCGCAACACUACCCUCGAGCAGCUGCGGCCAUCAAAGAGCACCACUACGUAGACGACUACAUGGACAGCUUCCGGACAAUUGACGAAGCCGUACGAGUGUCAGACGAAGUUUUAAGACGAACUGGGGAGAUCGAACCAGAUUAUUCAAAAGACUUCGCUCUUGUACGUUCCGAGACGACCGAAUCAGUGCUCGGGAUGAAAUGGAUUCCAGCGGACGACAUCUUCACGUACACCUUUUCAAUCCGUGACGACUUGAAGCCAAUCCUCGAUGAGAACCAUGUCCCAACGAAACGUGAAGUUUUGAAGGUGGUAAUGAGCCUUUUCGACCCACUGGGAUUCGUUUCAUUCUUCCUGGUGCAUGGAAAAGUAUUAAUGCAGAACGUCUGGGCCUCGGGGAUCGGUUGGGAUGAAGAAAUCAACGAGCGACUUUUCCUUCAUUGGCGCCAAUGGGUAAGUUACUUCCCGCAUCUGGACUCGUUGCGCAUCCCUCGCUGUUAUUUCGGCUCUCCGUUUCCUAAAAACUUCAACCGGCUGGAACUCCAUGUUCUCGUUGACGCUAGCGAUUCUGCUUACGCCUGUGUUGCGUAUUACCGACUCGAAACCGACGAUGGCAUUCAAGUUUCGCUGAUUUCCUCUAAAACCAAGGUAGCCCCUCUCAAGGUCUUAUCAGUUCCCCGUCUGGAGUUGAAAGCGGCUGUCCUAGGAGUCCGGUUGAUGGAAGCUAUCGAAGGAUACCAUACUUACUCGAUUAGCCGUCGAGUCCUGUGGAGUGACUCUACUACCGUUUUGGCUUGGAUCCGAUCAGAGCACCGUCGAUAUAACAAGUUCGUUGCCGUUCGUAUUGGUGAGAUUCUAACAGCAACCGACGUCCGAGAGUGGAGAUGGGUACCUUCUCAAUUAAAUACAGCCGACCUAGCCACUAAGUGGAAAAAUGGACCAAAUGUUGCCUCCACUAAUCCUUGGUUUAGCGGACCAUCGUUUCUUCACCAGACGGAAGCUUUCUGGCCCCAGCAUUCGGUAUCCGCCACGACGUGUGAAGAACUACGGCCAGUUCACACUCAUUCUACACUAUCCCCGUUGAUCGAUCCAUCCCGAUUUAGUAGAUGGUCUCGUCUACAGCGAACAAUGGGGUUCGUGCUUCGAUUUGUCGACAACAUUCGCCGUAAACGGGGCGGCGAAUCGCUGCGAUUGAAUUUCCUCAGUCAAGAUGAGCUGAGACGAGCUGAGACAAUCCUCUGGAAGGUCGCGCAGUUCGAGGCGUUCCCAGAAGAAAUCGCAAUACUAUCGGAAACCCAAGGCCCUCCCGAAGCUCGUCACCACCGCGUUGAUAAAAGAAGCCCGAUCUACAAAUGUUGGCCAUUCCUCGACGAACACGGAGUGCUGCGACUACGUGGCAGGAUCGGUGCCGCAACCUUCGCAUCCACCGAAGCAAAAUACCCGGCGAUCCUUCUAAGGCAACAUCGAAUUACGUUUCUGCUUGUAGAUUGGUACAGAUUGGUACCACCGUCACUUCCUCCACGCCAAUCGAGAGACAGUAACCAACGAGAUUCGCCAACGCUUUGA